GCUGCUCCCUCCUCUCCCCUUCGGCGCCGGCAUCACCUCCGCGGCCACCAGCAUGCUGCUCAUAAAUUGUUGAUUCUACUCUGAUUUGAAGUUAUGCCGCUUCAAAGUAGGUUUAGGAUCAGGGUUUAACGAUCCUUGACAGGUUAAAUAUCAAGUUUUUUUAACAAGAUAAAAUAUCAACUUGCUGGCUCAUGGGCAACAGCACUCUCUUCUGUGCCCACUUGUGAAACUAUCUUGUGGGGAGAUGGCGGUUUCUUUCGCUAACCUCAACUCUGAGGCAGGGCUUAAAAAGCUUGACGACUACCUUCUCACUCGCAGCUACAUUACUGGUUACCAAGCUUCCAAGGAUGACUUGGCUGUCUACUCCUCAUUUUCUGCUGCUCCCUCAUCCAAGUAUAUCAACGUCACAAGGUGGUUCAGUCACAUUGAUGCACUCUUGAGGCUGAGUGGAGUUACUGCAGAGGGCCAAGGUGUCAAGGUUGAAUCAUCUGCUGUUCCAUCAGCAUCCACACCUGAUGUUGCUGACACAGUGACUGCACCUGCUGAUGACGACGACGAUGAUGAUGUUGACCUUUUUGGCGAGGAGACCGAAGAGGAGAAGAAGGCUGCUGAAGAGCGUGCUGCAGCUGUCAAGGCUUCUGGCAAGAAGAAAGAAUCUGGGAAGUCGUCAGUUUUGCUUGAUGUGAAGCCAUGGGAUGAUGAGACUGACAUGGCCAAGCUUGAGGAAGCAGUAAGGAAUGUCAAGAUGGAAGGACUGCUCUGGGGUGCAUCCAAGCUUGUCCCAGUUGGGUAUGGCAUCAAGAAGCUUCAGAUCAUGUUGACUAUUGUUGAUGACCUUGUCUCUGUUGACACUCUGAUCGAGGACCAUCUGUGCGCUGAGCCAGUGAAUGAGUACGUCCAGAGCUGUGACAUUGUUGCCUUCAACAAGAUCUAAAUCUGCUGAGCUCCGGCUGUGUGGUCAGUGGACAGUGCACCGGUCCAAUUUAUCCAGAGUUUUGCAUCACUAUGUCUGCCCCGUGUGUCGACUAGUUAUUGCCUGUGAGGUUUUUGGAACCUAGUCAAAAGUGUACCAGUUACUGUUACCAGGGUUAAUUUGCCUUAUUUGAAAGACCGACUGGCUGGAUUUUUCGUUUCCACUGCUCUUAUAUUUACAGUCGUUCGCUUUCCUGA